AACCUCCUUCUUGCAUUUCACUGGCAGACACCUUAGAGGCUAAACCUCUACCCAUAGUCUCUGGCAGUAGACUGCAGGUGCUUCCUCCACCUGUAGUGUGUGGUGGGCGGCUGCAGUUCAGACGUCUUCAUAAAAUGUCUGAGGAAAAAAAAAAACUACCCCAACACCAUGAGCAGCAUUUUAUGUUGAAGUUGACCUCAUAAGCUUCAACAUAACGGUAGUUUUUUAUCCAGAAAAAGAUGAACGUGAAGCCAUUGACUCAUCUGACGCUAUCCCAGCAUUUCACGCUCUCUAGACGCGCCUGGUGGAGUGUGCUGCGCGUACUCGCCGUUUUCUACAUGCACGCGCAGCAUCGUCUGUGACAAUCCCCUUUCUUUCCUCCGAGAGACCAAACACAGGCGAGGAUAAAAUCACACGGAAACAAGAUGUCAGGAAUGAACCAGGUGGUCGCGACAUGCUGGACCUGCCUGCUGCUCUCUGCCUUCCUCUGCGAGCCGGUGCUGUCCAAGGGCGGGCGAGGAGGGUCCCGGGGCUCCUCUCGAGGUUCCCACUCCCGGAGCCCCAAAGCUGGAGGUUACCGAGGAGGCCCCCACAGUGGUGGGACCCGCUCUCGCUACAGGGGCCGGUCGUCCCCUGUGAGGGUGGCGAGUGCUGCAGCAGCUGGAGCAGCAGUGGCAUUAACAGCUGAUAAAUGGUACGCCUCUGCAUACCGGCGCAGCAAGGCCGACGGCUCAGACGAAGAUCUGGAUUACUACAACAGCACCAAUUACUUUGAUGCACUAAUGUCAAGCUCCACACAGAAUGGAUCUUCUCUCUCUCAACUGGUUUCUAUCAUCCUUGCAACAUUUUCCCCCAAAUAUGGACUUUUAAUGGACAGUAUACUGUAGAUGUUUUGCUUAUUUUUCUAGGAUGAAUUAGUGGUUCAGUCGAGGGUUGUGUUUCUGUCCUGGAGCUGAGUAUAAUGUUCAGGACUGGCUUGAAACCUGCACUGGAGAGACUAGUGGUGGAAAGACACAAUCAUUACAAAAAAAAACCAUCAUCAGCUAUAGCAAUGAACAAAUGUACAUUAGGUCACUACAAGAACAAAAUAUGUGCGUCUGACAGAUAUUGGGUUUGAGCUUCAGAACAAUUAGAGAAUUAAUUCAGUGUAAAUCAAACCGGAAGCUACCCAAGUAAACAGCACUGCCAAACUUUGUUGAAUCGCCAAAAAGGUGCGUUGAAUGACCAGAAUCCCUCCUCAGCAAGCCAGCAGUAAAUCAUGUGUACAUAUUAUUAGACUUGGGUCUAAAUAUAAAGCCUAGACCUACAACAGUUUAUGCAACACUGAAGUCAUUCCAUAAAGUUUUCUCUAUCAGUCAAAGCACCUGGUGGUAUUUACAUUAUCCUGCACCUGAAAUGAACCCUGCUGUUGUUUUUGUUAAAAAAAGAAAAUUGCAAUUUGUAACCUCAACCAUGUAUUUUCUCUUCAUUGCCUUCUGCUAAAUUUGACUGGAUGUAUUGCGAGUAUCUAUUUAUAGAGGUAGUUAAGUACAUAUUAUUUAUAUAACCCAUUCUCACGAAUCACAAAAUAACCUCAGGGGGCUUUUACAAAUCAGGACAUUACACCCUCUGUCCUUUUUGAUUGCCUGAAAGAGAAGGGAAAUCAGAGAAUUAUCCUUAUGUCACAAUCAUCGCAAAUUUCAGUGCAAUUUGUGCCCUUUUUUAACACCUGCAAUUUAGAAAAUGAAUUUCUCAGACGGUCUUUGCUUUGAGGGACGUUAGCAAUUAAACUGCUGCUCUGUUAUUUGUGUCUCUGAUGUUCGGCCCCUCAUUCCAGAGGAGUGUUUUGCCUGCUGUGAUCACUCAGGAGCAACAGACUGUUCCAUUUCAAUAAGUGCACUCUAUCUAAAAUAUUUGUUUUCACUGUCUUUGCUGAUAAAUAUACUGUUUACACCAUUUCAGAUAUCUGUGUUGUGAAUUCUAAAAUCAAAGCUGAGGAAAAAUAAAUUACUUGAAUAGA